AUGCUUAAGGAUACUCUCGGAGGUAACAGCAACACUUGUUUAAUAGCAAACAUAUGGCCUGAAAGGCAAUACGUAGAGGAGACAAUUUCUACUUUGCGUUUUGCACAGCGGAUGAUGGGGGUGUCUAGCAAGGCAACAGCAAAUAUUGAGAUUGACCCUCUGGCUUUGUCUAGGAGAUUAGAAAGAGAUGUGCAGCGCCUCAAACACGAACUCCAAAUCACCAACUCCCUCAUGGGCAGGCCCCCGCCAGCCUACGAAGCAUCCUCCCCUGAGGAGCUGGAGGAGAUCAGGAAGACGGCGACCCUCUUUUUAAAUGGAGAGCAGCAAGACAUUCAAUUCUCCUCCGUCAGACAGAUGGAGGAGCUGCUGCAGAUGAUGCGUUCUGUCUUUCAAGAGACAACAGCAGCAAUCCGCCGAGAAGCAGCAGCAGAAGCAUCAAUUGCUUCCGCUGCUGCAUCAGCUCCAGACAGCGAUACCCAGGGGGCCCCCCAGGGGGGGCCCCAGGGGGGCCCCCAAGGGGCCCCUGAGGCGGGGGGGGGCCCCAAAGGGUUUGGGGCCGGGGGGUUGGCUACAGCCAGGUGCAAUAACAGCGCCGAAAGGAGCAGCAUCAGUAGCAGUAGGAGUAGCAGUAGUAGGAAUAAGAGCAGCAUCAGCAGCAGCAGCAACAGCAGCGUGAUCAGCAGCAGCAGCAGCAGCGGGAGCAGCAGCAGCAGCAGCUGCAGCAGCAAGGGGUGUAGCUUGUUGCUGGUGUUGCUGCGGUGUAUAUCCGCAGAAGUAGGAUAUGAAGACCCCACAGUUGGCGGCGUCUCAUUAGGGUUUGACCCUGAUCAGUCAGAGAUAUCUGCAGCAGACAGACUCAGCGAAACAAGAGCACCUGGCUCUACCCAGGUGUAUGAGGAGAGCGAGGGCAUAUCUGUUCGUAGAAAUGUUGUUGUUAGUUCGGGGGUUUUAAAGAAAGAAGUAUUUGCUGAGUUUAGUAAAACCGACGGUAAAGGCAUUUGUUUAUCUUUGGCGUCUCUGGAGACCAAACAAAACCACGGAAAGAGACAAUUAAAAGCCCUAGGCAGAGUAAGACAUUAA